CUGGGAGUGGCGGUUGUUUCAAGAUGGCGGAUGUAGCCGAGGGGUUGAAGCCGGAAGGAGCCGCUUACUGGAGCCGGGACCUUUCAGAUGAAGACCGACAACCUGUGUAUGUCCCAGGGGUUUCUGAUGGGAGGCCUUUGAGACCCAGGCAACCGCGGAAAGGGCAGAAGACGGAAGCGAAGGCCAAAGGAGUUGCGGCUUCGACUCCCGCCCCCAUGGAGGUCCUGGAGAGGAUCGGAGAAGAGGCUGGGCAGCAGGGGCCUGACAAAGGAGAAACAAAGAGUGCUUCUUUAAAGGAUUUAUGCCCCGAAGACAAGAGGCGCAUCGCGAACUUAAUUAAGGAGCUUGCAAGAGUGAGUGAGGAAAAAGAGGUGACGGAGGAGCGCCUGAAAGCCGAGCAGGAGGCCUUUGAGAGGAAGAUCCGGCAACUGGAGGACCAGAACGUCCUCAUCAUCAAAGAGAGGGAAGCCCUGCAGCAGCAAUACCGCGAAUGCCAGGAGCUGCUCAGCCUCUAUCAGAAAUACCUCUCGGAGCAGCAGGAAAAACUCACGCAUUCCCUUUCCGAGCUGGAGGCCGCCAAGCAGAAGGAGCACCAGGUGAGCGCCUCUCUUCCGCCAAAUUCUGCCGCCGCUUGGGUUCAUCCCUUUCUCAGGUAGCCUUUCUUGGCACCCUGCCUUUUAGUGUUUUCA